ACACACACAUCCCCACCAAACUGUGGAGCUGUGGAGUGCCGCCUGCUUCCCGGGAAAGGAAGACUCGCGAGCGCCAGGGGGUGGGGGACGAAGAGCCGGAGGCUGCCGGAGCGUGGGGAGCAGCCCUGGCAGGGAUGGACAUCAUGAUGCUGGUGCAGGGCGCUUGCUGCUCGAACCAGUGGCUGGCCGCGGUGCUGCUGAGCCUCUGCUGCCUGCUGCCUUCCUGCCUCCCGGCUGGACAGAGUAUGGACUUGCCUUGGCCGGCAGUGGACAACCUGAUGGUCAGAAAGGGGGACACGGCGGUGCUUAGGUGUUAUUUGGAAGAUGGAGCUUCAAAGGGUGCCUGGCUGAACCGGUCAAGUAUUAUUUUUGCGGGAGGUGAUAAGUGGUCGGUGGAUCCUCGAGUUUCAAUUUCCACAUUAAAUAAAAGGGACUACAGCCUCCAGAUACAGAAUGUCGAUGUGACAGAUGAUGGGCCAUACACAUGUUCUGUGCAGACUCAACACACGCCUCGAACAAUGCAGGUGCAUUUAACGGUACAAGUUCCUCCGAAGAUAUAUGACAUCUCAACUGACAUGACUGUCAAUGAAGGAACCAAUGUCACCCUUACUUGCCUGGCAACUGGGAAACCAGAGCCUUCCAUUUCUUGGAGACAUAUCUCCCCAUCAGCAAAACCAUUUGAAAGUGGGCAAUAUUUGGACAUCUAUGGAAUCACAAGGGACCAGGCCGGGGAAUAUGAGUGUGGAGCACAGAAUGAUGUGUCAUUCCCAGAUGUGAAGAAAGUUAAAAUCGUUGUGAACUGCUCUUCAAUGGUCAACAAGGAAUCCUCAUUCAAAACUUUAGUACAAGAUCCAUCCUCACUGUCACCAACGUUACCCAGGAGCACUUUGGGAACUAUACGUGUGUGGCUGCCAAUAAGCUGGGCACGACCAACGCUAGCUUGCCUCUUAACCGUAAGUAACAGAAACGUGCCAUCUGUGCCUUUUUAG